CUGAAAAUGAUAGAGGAUUGUCCAGCUUUAUGUACUUGUUAUGUAUUACUACUUAAAAAUUAUAAUUGCUUGCAAUUUUUCCAGAAUUAGGAAUGGUUGAGAAGUUGUCCAAAGGCAAUCAGAUGGAUCCUGGCCGGAAAUAUAAUCAUUUGAAGUAUCCUAAUGAUACUACAAGUCACAUGCAUGUUUUGUCGAAAAGCAACCACAUGUGGAAUUAAUCAGGCAAAACAACAUUUGAUUGGGAACUUUAGGAAUGCAGCAAAGUGUGCAAUAUGCCCAAAGGAGAUUAGAGAGGAAUUGAAAAAUUACACGGAGGAGAAAAAAAUAAGAAAGGAAGUCUAUACUAACGAAUUUUUUGGACUUGAUGAGUUUGAUUAUCAAGAUGAUGUUGGUAGAGCAGAUAAAGUCCACGAGAUCAUUCAAAAAGACACGGAUUGGAGGAAGCUUUCCUAGUGGCUCUAAUAAGAUAUUGGCCAAAGGAAAUGGACUCAUGGAUGUGUUUUUACAAAAGCAUGGAACACUUGAGGUAAACAAAUAUCAAAGAUUCAUGUGAUAAAGAAGCAAGAGCAAUGACAAUUCAAAAAGUUGCUCGCUUCUUUUACUAUAAUGGGAUCCCGUUCAGUGUUGCUCGCUCAAAAAGUUUCAAGGAAGCAGUUGAGGCUAUAGGAAGGUAUGGUCCAAACUUGAAGCCUCCAAGCUAUCACGAAUUAAGGGUUCCGUUACUUAGGAAGGAGGUGAGUUAACCAAUAAGAUUAUAAACAAACAUAGAGAAGAAUGACUGAAAUAUGGAUGUUGCAUUAUGGCGGAUGGAUGGUCAGAUAGAAAACAAAGAACUUUGAUAAGCUUUUUGGUGAAUUCUCCGCAUGGGCCCAUGUUUAUGGAGUUGAUAUAUGCUUCCUCAUUUGUUAUGCCCGGAGAGAAACUAUGUGAAUUGCUUGAUAGAUACAUGGAAAGCAUAAUGUGGUUCAAGUUAUAAGUGAUAAUGGUAGCAACUUUGUGUUGGCUGAGAAAAAGAAGACACAUAUACUGGACGCCAUGUGCAGCCCAAUGUAUAGAUCUUAUGUUGGAAGAUAGGAAACUUCCAAAUAUUAAGAAGACCCUUCAAAGACCAAUUGCCGUUGUUGGUUUCAUUUAUGGGCAUUCAAGAGUCUUAAAUAUGAUGAGAGAUUUCACAAAAAAUAAAGAGUUGGUGAAAUGUGAGAUUACUCGAUUUGCAACGAGUUUUCUGACUUUGUAACAGUUGCAUUGUCAAAAAACUAAUUUGCAAGCAAUGUUAAAAUCUAACAAAUGGGUGAUUAGUAGAUGGUCUAAGUUACCAAAGGGAAAAAGUGUAGCUCAUACCGUCUUGAUGACAACAUUUUGGAACGAGAUUGUGUAUAUUUUGAAACAAUGGGGCCUCUUGUUAAAGUGUUGCAAUUAGCAGAUAAUGAGGAAAAGCUUACAAUGAAGUACAUUCAUGGAUAGAGUUAAGGAGGCUAUUACAUUCUGGAAUCAGGUUGUGUAUAUUUUGAAAAUAAUGGGGCCUCUUGAUAAAGUGUCACGAUUAGCUAAUAAUUGGAAAAAACCUGCAAUGGGGUACAUUUGUGAAGCCAUAGAAUAAAGUUAAGGAGGGCAUUUGAAGGGAAUAUUGCAAAGUAUAAAGAUAUCUUUACGAUUAUUGACUAAAGAUGGCAAUGCCAAUUGCAUCAUCCAAUACAUGCAGCUGGACAUUAUCUAUAAAACUAGAGUACUUCUAUCAAAAUUCAGCUAUUGAAAAUUGUAGAGAAGUAACAUAUGGGUUGUAUGCUUGUAUUGAAAAAUUGGUUCCAAGCGCUGAAGUACAAAACAAAAUUAUAUCUGAGAUACCACUGUAGACUAAGGCUGAACAACAAUUUGGCCUUCCGAUUGCAAAAAGAUCUAGAACGACAAGAUCUCCUGCUUCUCUCUAUCAGAGACGAUCUUUUCGAUACCUUCAGGAAGAGGCAAAAGGGUGCAAUGGAACCUGAAGAGGUGCAGUUAACUGCUGACUCUUUACACAGAAUGUUGCGAGCUUUUACUGAGCAGUCAAAGGGGGAGAAGCCUCUGCAAAAUGCAACAGAUCAGAAAAUGCUUGAAAUAGUAAUGGCAAGGUAUGAAAAGGAACUGAUGCAUCCAAUUCAAAAUCUCUUCUCGGGGGAGCUUCUGUUCCAACUAGUAUUACAGGUCCAGAAGCUGAAGCUUGAUAUUGAGGAGGCUAUGCUGGAGCUAGAUCAAAUUCUUAGGGCAAAUGAAAUCAACUUUGCUAUUUUAGCUGCUUUGCCUGCUUUCUUCCUCUCCCUUUUUUUUUUCAUGGUGAUGCGUGCUUGGAUUAAACAGGAUACGAGAGCAGAAGGCAGAGGAAGGGUUGCACGAAUUCAACGACGACUGUUAAUCGUUGAAGUAGAAAGAAAGAUUAUGCAAUCGGAAAGAUGCAAACAUCAAGGACAAGAAAAAGAUGCACAAUGCAUGUAUGGGUUGGCGUUAUAUAAUCUUGAUCGCUUAUACUGUGCUGUGGAAGGCCAUGCAAGGUCAACCGGUGAAUGGAUAAGUUUGAGGCAGGAUAUUAUUGACUUAGCGAAGCCAGAUACUCAAACUGCACAUAAACUCAAGAUCACCUCACGCAUGGAGCGGGUGUAUGACUGCUUGCUUUCUCUACCAAAAAGUUGGUAGUUCAGAUAAUCUUCAAAUUUGCUGUUUAUUGGAACAUAUUUAAGAACCGAUUUUUUGGUGAUAUUUUAUCCAAUGCUCGGUGUUUGCUGCUUUAGUUGCAAUGUCCACCAAUUUUGAAAUUGUACAGCUGAAUAUAGAAAUCCUGCUACCACUCCCUACCGAGGACAUUUUGGUUUCUCCUGACUUUUCAUUUGAUAUUACUUGUAAAAGCACAGAGGAUUUUUCAGUGGCGGACACUGAAAUGGGAUUAAAGACCAGCUGCUCCGAAAAAUGUUACCGCAUGGUGGCUGAGUUACUGUAUUUA